AUCGCGUCGGCGGUUUUUAUACUCGUGAAACAUUUUACUACACGACACGCGCACGUUGAGAACGAAAUCUAAUCGUAGGACGUAGGGCGCGGUCCACUUGACGAUCAGUAAGGCGGUCAGUAAUCAGUAAUAGCGCGCAGCUUCGCGAUCACGUACGUUGUUUGUUCGUCCGCGUGCUGCGCGGCGAGAUUAAUGAAAGUCGACUGUCGCUUAUAUACUUCGCGAAUAUACACCAUUGGCAGAACGCCAAUUAGACGCGGCGGCGUCUAAUACCGUCGCGCGACCGGCUGGGAAUUAGAAUUAUACAAUACCAAUUUUUCCACUCGCUACUUUCCGUAUUUCACUGGGAGAUCUGGCAGACGUCAAGAUGCAUCUAGCAACUGUCUUCUUAUUACUGAUUUGUUUGUCGUUCUCGACUGCCUCUGAACUCCCCAAGAAUAUCGUGCUGAUUGUUACCGACGAUCAAGACUCCGUUCUAGACGGCAUGACGCCAAUGACAAAUACUCUGAAUCUCAUAGGACGUCAGGGCGCCACAUAUACAAAUUGCUUUGUAGCCUCGCCGGUUUGUUGCCCCAAUCGAGCGUCCAUUCUGACCGGACGAUAUCAACAUAAUCAUCUAACGGUGAACAACUCUAUCGCCGGUGGUUGCAGUAGCGCGCAAUGGCAACAAUUACGAGAGCCGAAAACGUUCGCCGCCGUUUUGCAUAGCGUCGGAUACAAGACCUUUUAUGCGGGGAAAUAUCUAAACCAGUAUGGAAACAAGAAGGUCGGCGGAGCGGCUCAUGUACCAGUGGGCUGGGACUGGUGGGCCGGUCUUGUAGGAAACUCGAGGUAUUACGAUUAUUCGUUAUCCAUAAACGGUACCGAGAGAAAUUACGGUAACAGCCCGAGCGAUUACCUUACCGACGUUAUCAGUAAUCUGGCUAUAGAUUUUAUCAAAGAAUACUCCGGUGAUCAACCUUUUCUCAUGGUGUUGGCACCUCCAGCCCCUCACGCGCCAUUUACACCCGCCGACAGACACAACGGCAAAUACAACGGCACGAAAGCAAAGAGAACGCCGAAUUUUAAUGUGCCCGUGCAUCAGGAUAAACAUUGGUUAGUUAGAGAAGGUCCAACUCCCUUACCUGACAAUAUAUUACCAAAAUUAGACGAGAUAUACAGGAGGAGAUGGGAAGCUUUACUAGCGGUAGACGAACUUGUUAAGGACGUACACGAUUUACUGAAAGCGCGGAAUUUCUUGGACGACACUUACUUUAUUUACACGUCCGACAACGGAUAUCACAUUGGACAGUUCAGCAUGCCAAUGGAUAAGCGUCAACCGUAUGAAACAGAUAUACGUGUCCCAUUACUGAUAUCCGGGCCGAGAAUCGAGCCGUCUACGAUUUCCGCGCCGGUCAGUAGCGUAGAUAUCUUUGCCACGCUUUUAAACAUAGCCGGCGUGGUGUAUCCGUCGGACGGCACGACAUUAUUUAGUACAUAUCGUUCCGUGCCGCGAGAUCGUACCGUUCUGAUAGAAUACAGAGGGGAGAGAUCCAACAAGCCGCCGUCAUCCGGUUGUCCAAGCGACAACGAUUUGAACGUCACGUUGUGCGCGAAAGAGAUGGCGUGUAAAUGCCAAGACGCCGCGAACAACACGUUCAGUUGCAUUCGCCGCGUUUCGCCGAACUUCAACAACAUCUUCUGCAUCUUCGAAGACGAUCAGAGAUUUAUCGAGGCUUACGAUAUGAAUAUCGAUGAGUACCAAAUGGCAAAUAUCGGGUAUACCAUGGAGAAGGGAUUGAGACACAGAUUCAGGAAGCGUCUGAAGAGAAUGGCGGUGUGUCAGGGCGCAGAAUGCAUUCUCGCAAGCUUGGGAAGUAAAUCUGAAUACAUUUAUUAAUCCCUGUCUUUUAUUACUUUUUUAUACAUAGGUAUUGUCAUGUGUGUUAUAAAGUGUAAUAAAAUAUAUGUAUACCUUAAAUCAUGUAUAUCCCAUUAAAAAAAUUAUGCUUUAAGAUAUAUAUUUAUAUAUGAAUUUAUUUCCGUUUUCAACUAAAUUGUUUUCUCUUGUAUAUUUACGUUUUGUUUUA